GCGUUCUUCAGAAACCCUGCAGUAGGCCAGUGGCACCAGGGAGAGAGCUUUCUGCCUCGACGGCAACUACAACAUAUCGGACGGUAUUCGUGUCACCGACGAUUGGCAAGUGUUUACAGUUUGGACAUCAACAUCUUUUGAGCAAUGGCUCAUCUAGGGGGAGGCGCAGAAGCCCAUGCCCGCUUCAAGCAGUACGAGUAUCGUGCCAACUCGAGUCUUGUCCUCACCACCGAUUCUCGACCCCGGGACACCCACGAGCCUACAGGAGAGCCGGAGUCGCUAUGGGGGAAGAUUGAUCCCAAGAGCUUUGGGGAUCGUGCAUACAGAGGCAAGCCUGCGGAGCUUGAGGAGAAGAUAAAAAAGUCUAAGAAGAAGAAGGAGCGGGAGCCAGGGCCCGAUCAGGAGCAGAGAAAGGAUAGCAAGAGGAGGCGCACCCAGGAGGAGACUGUUCUCUCGCUUGCUGAUGAGGGUGUCUAUCAGCCCAAAACUAAGGAGACCCGUGCUGCUUAUGAGGCACUGCUUAGUAUUAUCCAGCAGCAGUUUGGCGGGCAGCCACAGGAUGUUCUUACUGGAGCUGCUGAUGAGGUGUUAGCUGUUUUGAAGAACGAUAAGAUUAAGAAUCCUGAAAAGAAGAAGGAUAUUGAGAGGCUGUUGAAUCCUUUUUCGAGCCAGACUUUUGACCAGCUUGUCUCUAUAGCUCGGUUGAUCACAGAUUAUCAGGAUGGGCCUGAGACGGCUGGUCAGUUGGCUGCAAAUGGGAAUGAUGGCGCUCUUGAUGAUGACAUUGGUGUUGCUGUUGAGUUUGAAGAAGAUGAGGAGGAGGAAAGCGACUUUGAUCAGAUUCAAGAGGAAUCAGAGGAGGAGGAUGAUGGUCAGGAAUCAAAUGACAUGGGUGCCAUGCAGAUGGGUGGAAUAGAUGAUGAAGAAAUGGAGGAAAUUAAUGAGGGUCGGACUUUGAAUGUUCAAGAUAUUGAUGCUUAUUGGCUGCAGAGGAAGAUAUCUCAAGCUUUUGAGAAUAUUGACCCACAACAAAGCCAGAAGAUCGCAGAAGAUGUGCUGAAAAUUCUGGCUGAAGGUGAUGAUAGGGAUGUCGAGAACCGGCUUGUGACAUUACUUGAAUACGAUAAAUUUGAUCUUAUAAAGCUACUUUUAAGAAAUAGACUUAAGAUAGUAUGGUGCACACGCUUGGCUAGGGCUGAGGACCAAGAGCAACGGAGGAAAAUUGAAGAAGAGAUGAUGAAUUUUGGGCCAAGUUUGACUUCAAUCUUGGAGAAGUUGCAUGCUACUAGGGCUUCCGCAAAAGAACGCCAAAAGAACUUAGAGAGGAGCAUUAGGGAUGAGGCUAGACGGUUGAAGGAUGACCGAGUUGUAGGAGAUGAUAGGGAGCAAAGGUUUAUGGAAAGAGAAGCAGAUAAUAGUUGGUUAAAGGGUCAACGGCAGUUGUUAGAUCUUGAAACCCUUGCAUUUCAGAAAGGUGGCCUUUUGAUGGCAAACAAGAAGUGUGAACUACCUCCAGGAUCUUAUAGAACUCCCCACAAGGGCUAUGAAGAAGUUCAUGUACCAGCAUUGAAGCCCAAACCACUUGCAUCUGGUGAGAAGUUAGUUAAGAUAUCGGAGAUGCCUGACUAUGCACGUCCAGCUUUUGAAGGGAUGAAGCAGUUGAACAGAGUUCAAAGUAAAGUUUAUGAAACUGCUCUUUUUACACCUGAAAAUUUACUCCUUUGCGCUCCAACUGGUGCUGGAAAAACGAAUGUUGCUAUGUUAACCAUACUUCAUGAGAUUGCUUUACAUUGGAAAGAUGGGCAGGUAGACACCAAUGAGUUUAAGAUUGUAUAUGUUGCACCAAUGAAAGCUUUGGUUGCUGAAGUUGUUGGGAACUUGUCUAAUCGCCUACAAUCUUAUAACAUCAUUGUGAGGGAACUUAGUGGUGACCAAUCACUAACCAGGCAACAAAUUGAAGAAACUCAGAUAAUAGUUACAACACCUGAGAAAUGGGAUAUAGUUACCAGAAAAUCUGGAGACAGAACAUACACCCAGUUGGUAAAACUCCUCAUCAUUGAUGAGAUUCACCUUCUGCAUGAUAAUCGAGGGCCUGUUUUAGAAAGUAUAGUUGCUAGGACAGUCAGACAAAUUGAGACUACAAAAGAUCUUAUUCGUUUGGUUGGAUUAUCGGCUACACUCCCAAAUUAUGAAGACGUAGCAUUAUUUUUGCGUGUAAAUCCCUUGAGAGGACUGUUUUAUUUUGAUAACAGUUAUAGGCCAUGUCCACUUGCACAACAAUACAUUGGAAUUUCUGUGAGGAAACCAUUGCAAAGAUUUCAAUUAAUGAAUGAAAUCUGUUAUGAAAAAGUUCUGGCUGCAGCAGGAAAGCAUCAAGUCCUUAUAUUUGUUCAUUCCAGAAAAGAAACAGUAAAAACAGCUCGUGCAAUUAGAGACACUGCAUUAGCUAAUGACACUUUAAGUCGAUUUUUGAAAGAUGACAGUGCAAGCCGUGAGAUUCUUCAGAGCCAAACAGAACUUGUUAAAAGCAAUGAUGUGAAAGAUUUACUUCCAUAUGGCUUUGCCAUUCAUCAUGCUGGAAUGUUAAGGGUUGAUCGUGAUAUUGUGGAGGAGCUGUUUGCUGAUGGGCAUGUUCAGGUGUUGGUCUCAACAGCCACGCUUGCAUGGGGUGUCAACUUGCCGGCCCAUACUGUUAUCAUAAAAGGGACCCAAGUUUAUAAUCCAGAUCAAGGAACAUGGACUGAACUUAGUCCUUUAGAUGUCAUGCAGAUGCUUGGUCGUGCAGGACGACCUCAAUUUGACUCUUAUGGAGAGGGGAUCAUUUUAACUGGCCACAGUGAAUUGCAAUACUAUCUCUCCCUCAUGAAUCAACAACUACCAAUUGAGAGUCAGUUUGUUUCAAAGUUGGCUGAUCAACUGAACGCAGAGAUUGUCCUUGGAACUGUUCAGAAUGCACGGGAAGCAUGCACUUGGAUUGGGUAUACCUACUUGUACAUUCGUAUGCUGCGAAACCCAACCCUUUAUGGUCUGCCUGCUGACAUUUUGGACCGAGACAAAACUUUAGAGGAACGAAGAGCUGAUUUAAUCCAUUCAGCUGCAAGUAUCUUGGAUAAGAACUAUCUGAUCAAGUAUGAUAGAAAGAGCGGGUAUUUCCAGGUCACCGACCUGGGCAGAAUUGCAAGUUAUUAUUAUAUAACUCAUCGAACAAUAUCAACAUACAAGGAAUAUCUGAAGCCGACCAUGGGUGAUAUUGAGCUUUGCAGAUUGUUCUCUCUUAGUGAAGAAUUUAAAUUUGUUACCGUGAGGCAAGAUGAGAAGAUGGAAUUGGCAAAGCUCUUAGAUCUGGUCCCCAUUCCAGUGAAAGAAAGUUUAGAAGAGCCCAGUGCAAAGAUUAUGGUUCUUCUACAGGCUUACAUAUCACAGCUGAAGCUUGAGGGACUUUCAUUGGCCUCUGAUAUGGUUUUCAUAAGACAGAGUGCUGGUCGUCUUCUACGAGCUUUGUUUGAGAUUGUCUUAAAGAGGGGAUGGGCUCAACUGGCUGAGAAGGCUUUGAACCUGUGUAAGAUGGUUGAUAAACGCAUGUGGAAUGUUCAAACUCCAUUACGCCAGUUUCAUGGGAUACCAAAUGAAAUUCUAAUGAAGCUGGAGAAGAAGGAUUUGUCCUGGGAAAGGUACUAUGACCUUAGUACGCAGCAACUUGGAGAGUUGAUUCGCUUUCCGAAGAUGGGAAAGCCACUUUACACAUGUAUUCACCAAUUGCCAAAAGUUAACCUAGCUGCGCAUGUUCAACCCAUCACUCGAACUAUAUUGAGUUUUGAGCUGACGGUAACUCCAGACUUUCAGUGGGAUGAUAAAAUACAUGGUUAUGUUGAACCUUUUUGGGUCAUUGUUGAAGAUAAUGAUGGUGAAUAUAUUCUGCAUCACGAGUAUUUUAUACUUAAGAAACAGUAUGUUGAAGAAGAUCACACUUUGUGUUUUACCGUGCCCAUUCAUGAGCCUCUGCCGCCUCAGUAUUUUAUUCGCGUAGUAUCUGAUCGAUGGCUUGGUUCUGAAACAGUAUUGCCUGUUUGUUUUAGGCAUCUUAUCCUGCCAGAGAAAUACUCCCCACCAACAGAAUUGCUUGAUUUGCAACCCCUUCCGGUGACUGCUUUGAGGAAUCCUUCUUAUGAAGCUCUUUAUGAUACCUUCAAGCAUUUUAAUCCUAUCCAGACUCAAGGUUUUACCGUCUUAUACAACACUGAUGACAAUGUCCUGGUUGCAGCACCAACAGGCAGCGGGAAGACCAUAUGUGCAGAGUUUGCCAUUCUGAGAAAUCAUCAAAAACUCCCUGAAAGCGAAAUGCGUGUUGUUUAUAUUGGUGCAAUUGAGGCUUUAGCUAAGGAAAGGUAUCGUGAUUGGGAAGAAAAAUUUGGAAAGCACCUAGGUAUAUCUGUUGUGGAGUUGACAGGCGAGACAACAACUGAUUUGAAACUGCUUGAAAAGGGACAAAUAAUCAUCAGCUCUCCAGAGAAAUGGGAUGCUCUUUCUCGUCGGUGGAAGCAGCGCAAACAUAUUCAGCAGGUCAGCCUUUUCAUUGUCGAUGAACUUCAUUUGAUUGGUGGGUCAGUUGGUCCAGUCUUGGAGAUAGUUGUUUCCAGAAUGAGGCGCAUCGCAAGUCAUACUGGUUCAAACAUCCGGAUAGUUGCUCUUUCAGCCUCCCUUGCAAAUGCUAAGGACCUUGGGGAAUGGAUUGGCGCUACUUCUCACGGCCUCUUUAAUUUUCCGCCUGGUGUUCGCCCUCUUGAUCAAGAAGUUGUGAAGCAGUUAUUCUUCAGCCGAAGAAUUCAAGUUUGUGUUGCAAGCAGCUCAAUGUGUUGGGGAAUGUCGUUGCCGGCUCACUUGGUUGUUGUCAUGGGUACCCAAUAUUAUGAUGGGCGGGAGAAUGCUCAUACUGACUAUCCAAUCACUGAUUUAUUGCAGAUGAUGGGACAUGCAAGCAGGCCUCUUAUAGACAGUUCUGGAAAAUGUGUAAUUCUGUGUCAUGCUGCAAGAAAAGAAUAUUAUAAUAAAUUUCUUUAUGAAGCAUUCCCGGUUGAGAGUCAUCUGCAUCACUUCUUGCACGACCAUAUGAAUGCUGAAGUUGUAGUUGGUGUGGCUGAGAACAAACAGGAUGCGGUGGAUUAUCUUACAUGGACCUUUAUGUAUAGAAGGCUCACAAAAAAUCCAAAUUACUAUAAUCUUCAGGGUGUCAGCCACAGGCAUCUUUCCGACCAUCUUUCUGACCUUAUAGAAAAUACAUUGAAUGACUUGGAAUCAAGCAAGUGCAUUAUCAUAGAGGAGGACAUGUAUCUCAAACCUUCUAAUCUUGGAUUGAUUGCUUCAUAUUAUUACAUUAGCUACACCACCAUAGAGCGUUUCAGUUCAUCUUUGUCUCCAAAAACUAAAAUGAAAGGUCUACUUGAUAUUUUAGCAUCUGCCUCAGAAUAUGCACUGCUGCCAAUUCGUCCUGGGGAGGAGGACUUGAUCAGGAAGCUUAUUCAUCAUCAAAGAUUUUCUUUUGAAAAUCCUAAGUGCACAGAUCCACAUGUGAAGGCAAAUGCGCUCCUGCAAGCUCACUUCUCUAGGCAUAAUGUGGUUGGAAAUUUGACAGCAGACCAGCGAGAGGUGCUACUUUCAGCUCAUAGGCUCCUUCAGGCUAUGGUUGAUGUCAUCUCUAGCAAUGGUUGGCUUACCCUUGCCCUUUUGGCAAUGGAGAUGUGUCAGAUGAUUACUCAGGGAAUGUGGGAAAGAGAUUCCAUGUUGCUCCAGCUUCCUCAUUUCACUAAGGAGUUAGCUAAGCGUUGUCAGGAAAACCCGGAUAGAAGUAUCGAGACGGUAUUCGAUUUGGUAGAAAUGGAAGAUGAUGAAAGACGCGACUUAUUGCAGAUGUCAGACGCCCAAAUGCUUGAUAUUGCUCGGUUUUGCAACCGCUUCCCUAACAUUGACAUGGCUUAUGAAGUGCUGGAUGCAGAUGACAUUCUUCCUGGUGAGGAUGCCACUUUGCUGGUUACACUGGAACGUGAUCUUGAGGGUCGCAUGGAGGUUGGAUCAGUUGAUGCUCCCCGAUAUCCCAAGCCUAAAGAAGAAGGCUGGUGGCUUGUUGUUGGUGAUAGCAGCAACAACCAAUUGCUCGCUAUAAAAAGAGUUGCACUUCAAAGGAGAGCCAAGGUUAAGCUUGUUUUUGCUGUCCCUAAAGAUGUUGGGAAGAAGUCUUUCACGAUCUACUUUAUGUGCGACUCUUAUCUGGGUUGUGACCAGGAAUACAACUUUACCGUUGAUGUCAAAGAGUCUAGGUAAGUAUAAUAAUAAAUAAGUGGCUUUCCCUUGUGAUAGAUGCAAAAGUUUGUCAAUUACAGUCUUGCUUAUUGUUUUAAUAUGUCUUUGGAGUUUGUGACAUGCUGAAUUAACGUCUUGACUUUGUAUAUCUUAGUUCACCAUAUAUUUUUAUGGUGUCUAUGUAUCUCAUUUGUGUUAAUGAUUUAUUUAAUAGAGUGAUUUAUGCCAUGAAA